UCGGAAGAGCAGCGGUGGUUUUUUUUUCUGGUACACCUUGGUAAAACCUAUCGGCGUGGCGUUGGAAAAAAAAAGAGGAAAAAAAAAAAGGAAAAAAAAAAAAAAAAAAAAAUACGCUCAGGCCCCCGAACCGUGUCUCCCUUUUGUCGCUUAUGGUCAACGCAUUCAUUCGUUGACUAACUGUCUACUCGGUCAGCAGCAACUACAGCAGCAGCUACUAGAUCGCCACCGCACUCAAACAUACGGACAGCCAACAGUUGAUCGCCGCUUUCGAACGAAACGCACGAAAACAAAAAGGACAAUCACAUUCGCAAAAAUGUUCGCUGUUAUGCCAUACGACACGGAGGACAGGAGCGCGGCCUACAGGCGCAGAGUGGCUCCUCGUGCCGAUUUUGUGUGCAAGUAUUGCCAGCGUCGCUUCACCAAGGCCUACAAUCUCAUGAUUCACGAGCGCAGUCAUCGCGACGACGUCACCUACACCUGCGAGGUCUGCGGCAAAACCUUCAAGCGGCAGGACAACUUGAAACAGCACAGAACUAUCCACGGUCCCGCUUAUCGCUCGACGGGCAUCUACAUCCCGGCCAUAUGAAGCACGCACGCUUAUUCGGAUAAAAUAAAGAUUCGCGCUAUCGCCGCCCCCCCCCCCACUACCCUCUACCCCCCAUUUGUUUUCUUUCAAGAAAUUGUCUCAUCCAAAUCUUUUAUUAUGGCAUAAUUAAUUAGAACAAGUAAAAAAGGAAAGAAAAAAAAAAAAAAAAAAAAAAGAAGGUGAAAUGAAAAAAUUCGAGAAUUUUUUUAACUACUCAAAUUGCAAAACUAACAUCCUAUAGCACAAAUCGAAAACGAUUUUUUUUUUUUCGUACCCCUUUCGAGUUUGGUUCAUUUGAAUCUUCCUUCUUCUCUUCAUCGAUGCCAAUUGAUUAAGAAAAAAAAAACGAACUUCUCAUUUAUUCUUUCUGCGUGUUUCAAUUUUUGCUGCCGUGUUUUGUAUGUGUGAAUGCAUCUGCCUUUCAAAGAAAAAAAAAAAAUGCGACGGAAUCCGUCCAGCCUUUUUUGUACAUUAUAACUCCUCUGUAGGAGAGAGACGAUGCCUGUGCCUCUGUCAAUCCGAUUCUUAUACCUUCACGUUGACCUCUUUAAAAAAAAAAAAAUGAACUUCUUUUCUAUUUUCCUUUGUUUAUUAUUUUUUAUUCAAAAUUCCCAUUUCACAUUUCCCUCCCCAUGUCGUGAGUUGCACCCGGUGUGUUGUGAGAAAAAAAAAACGGGCAAAUCGGCACCUUUUCUAUGGAAACAGUAAUUUUCUUAGAAUUUCUAUUUUUUUUUUGUACGUUUGGUGAUGACAAUUUUUCCUUUCCGUCAAAAACGAAAAGAAGAGAUAAAAAAAAAAAUGAGCCAAAUUUCAAUGAAACUCACUCUUGCUGCGGAUUUCGUCAUUGCUGUUGCUCUUCUUCCUUCCAACCCAAUCAUCACGUGCGAUAAAAGAACAACAACAUAACACUUCAGUUGGAAAUUCGUCAAAAAAAAAAAGUAUACAACUUAUUUUUCCCAGUUUUGAUACCAGAGAGUCACAUUUGUUUUUUUUUUCCCCUACCUAUUUCUAUCCAUAUAUUUCUCCUUUACCUUUAGAAAAACAAAAAGAAUCUUUUAUAUCAUUCUCCCCUAGUAUACCCUUUCUAUCCUUUUUUUUUUUUUUUUUUUUGUUCAUCGCUUCCUCUCACCUCAUCCCAAUAUAAAGAUGUAUCGUUACUUUUCUUCAUAAAAAAAAAAAAAAAAAAAAAAAGAAAGAAAAAAAAAUCUCACUUCAUUUUUCCUUCUGAUUUCUUCUUGUUUCUCUUAGCCCCUGUCGGAAAACGACCGCAGGUAGCACUCGAGUGUUUAUUAUUUUUUUUUUUUUUCUUUCUCUUUUUCUUUGAUUCUUUAUGAUAGAUCACACGUCAUUAUUCAUGUCCUCUCUGUCUAUCCCUCCCCUCUCUACCUUCCGUAUUGGAAAAUAAAUAAAUAAAUAAAUAAAAGCCGCUUUUUCAUCCAA